UAAAUGUAAAAGCUAAUGUGCCCUUCCCAGAACAUGCUUAAAUGCUAAUUAGAGUUAACCACGUGUGCGGUUCUCGAACCUCCGCUAUGCGCCUUUUUUGUUUUUCUCAUUUUUCAAUAGACGAAACAGUGCGCUGUUCCAGUGCAGGACACGACGUCGUCUAUCAUUGGCUAAUAUGAGUGGGACCGGGGCUACCCUUCGAUUAUGUCAGAUACGUUUGCUUUGUAGUGGGCCCCUCUCAAUUCAUGCCUUUCUAGUGUUACCUAAUGUUGCCGUAGACACGUGGUGCUUUCACGACGAGUGAUAUCUACUCCUGCUAUGAUUAUCGCCUGAAUUCCCUCUAUCAGAGUCUGAGGGGUACAGAGAGACGGAAAGAGAGAGUAAAGUUAGAGAAUAGAGAGACGUGGAAAUGGACGUUCAAGCUAAAGAAAGAUGGCGCAUGCUAACAUGCGCUGGUGCUGCGCAGGAUAUAAAUGUUGUCGACAGAAUAAUGCGCGGAUUCCGGCCGAUUGCGCCGAAACCAGUCGCCGGAGAUCCGACUUCAGGUAAUUUUCAAGCGGUUAACAAGAACCUGGUGGUUAGUAAUGGUAGAUCUAAGAGAAAGUACGUUAGGGUUCGGAAGAAUAGAGGUUACAGGAGAAAUAAGAAUAAUAAAACGAGUAGUGAUCCUGAUGGAAGUUGUAAUAAAGAUGGCAUGGAUAAUAAGAUCGUGACGCUACAGCUGUUACCAGAGAGAGCUGAUUUACAGUAUUCGGAAAGGAGAGAGCCGUGGUGCAAUAUUAAUGCCGAUGGUACGGGAAUAGCGAUUGAGAAAGUGAAAGAGAAGGCGGUAACUGAAAAUAAUACAGAUCUAGGGUUUGAAGAAGUAGGAGGGUUAGGUUUGAGAGAUGAGAAGGCGGAGAAGAGUGGCGAUAGGGUGGUGGAGACGUGGGUGACCAUGGAGAGAGUUAUGAGUAGUGAUGAUGAUCAAACAUGCAAGGAUGGGAGAGGAAGGUUAGGCAUUGAAGACGUUGAAAUAAUGAUGAAUCUGGAGAAGGACAAGUGUCCGGGGUUCAUAUCAGACGCCUUAAAUAAAGUGAAGUGGGUGAAUGGAGCUUAUAGGAAGAUGGUGACGGUGAGGGAAGAGAGUGAGGGUGAGGGAGAGAAGACGAGAGUGGAGGUGUUGUUGGGGAUGAAAGAGAAGUUGCCGUGGUUAUUCAGUUCAUUGACGUGUAAAGUGAGGGUCGAGUACACGUGGAAGGACAAGUACUGGAAGAAGAUGGUAAUGCCGUGUGAUGUUUGGAGAAUGGAAUGUGGAGGAUAUGCAUGGCGGCUUGACGUUGAGGCUGCGCUGAGUUUGGGUCGUUGAAGACGCCUGCUACUUAAAAGGAAUAAUCAGGCUUCGUCUUCAUACAUACAUGGAAUCGAUGCCUCCAAGAAGCAGUAGUGACGAAGCAAGCAGCGAACAAAGUCCAAAGUGUAAAUAUUUUAAAUAUGCAAAUGCAUGCAGUAAUAUUUAUACAUACAUCUUUACUAUCUUAUAAGAUAGGAUUUCGGAUUCGAAGUCUAAGAACUGUAGUGCAGAUAAUAUUAAGUAAUGUGGAGACUUUAUGUUGUCAGGUUUGGGUGAAAACUAAGCUGUUAAAUUUAUCGACCUAGAAUAGCUGAGAAAGAUCCUAAAUUUAGAGCAAUGUAUUUUCAAUAUCCCGAAUUUCAAAUUUUAGGCUAUUUGCCAAUGCUAACGGGAAAAAUCAAUUGGAAUAUAAAAUGUACUGUUUAAAUAAUGAGUUGAUUGUUAAGUAAUAUAUUUUGAAUAAGAUUUAAAAAAAAGAAAUAGUUAGAAUAGAAAAUUUUAAAUUCCAAUUAGAUAUGACCGCGAGUCGUAUUGGAUUGUAUUAUGUGCGAUCCAUUAUGCCAAAUCAUAGACUGCCAAAUGGUUGUCCUUGUGGGUGCUGUUGGCCUAGGAUAGACACAAUUUAGGGUUGUGCUGUGAAUCUUUUACGGAUUGGUUCAUAUAUUUUGAUGGUUUGGUCUACCAUUUUAUAUAUAUUAAAAUUUUUAAUUUUUUUUUGUUUUUCACGGGCCGUAUCUUAAGGUCUGGAUACGGCCUGCAAAGCGACAAGGCUAUUCUAAAAUUGAGAGAGUUGGGCCGUGUCAUGGGUUGGCCUGACCAAGAAUUAAUUGUUCACUUUUUUUUU